AGGAGAUGACCAGAGACUGCGGACAGUACAGGAGAUGACCAGAGACUGCGGACAGUACAGGGAUGACCAGAGACUGCGGACAGUACAGGGAUGACCAGAGACUGCGGACACAGUACAGGGAUGACCAGAGACUGCGGACAUAGUACAGGAGAUGACCAGAGACUGCGGACAGUACAGGGAUGACCAGAGACUGCGGACAUAGUACAGGGAUGACCAGAGACUGCGGACAGUACAGGGAUGACCAGAGACUGCGGACAGUACAGGAGAUGACAGAGACUGCAGACAGUACAGGGAUGACCAGAGACUGCGGACAUAGUACAGGGAUGACCAGUGACUGCGGACAGUACAGGGAUGACCAGAGACUGCGCGGACAGUACAGGGAUGACCAGAGACUGCGGACACAGUACAGGGAUGACCAGAGACUGCGGACAGUACAG